AUGUUCUCCACCUCGAUUCUCGGGGCUGUUCUUGGAGCCGCGAGCCUAUGCACAGCUGCCCAUCCAGGUUCACAUCCCUUUGCACAUCGUAUACAUGCUCGCCAGCAGCCUGACUAUGGCACUGCUGCAGACCCAGACACGACCGAGGAGGUGAACCCUUUCCUUGGGAAGUCAUAUUAUGUCAACCCAGCCUACGCGGAUAAGCUCGAGGAAACCAUCUCAGCAUUCCUCGCUCAAAAUGACACGCUGAACGCAGCGCGGACAAGAACAGCGCAGAGCAUUGGUACCUUCGUUUGGGUGACAAGCGUUGCCGGCCUCGGGGACCUCGACAUGACUAUCAAGUAUGCACGCGCUGUGCAGCACCAGACCAAGCAGAAACAGAUCGUCUCGUUGGUAUUGUACAACUUGCCAGAUCGUGAUUGCUCGGGUGGAGAGUCGGGAGGAGAGUUCAGCUCGGCUGCGAACGGACUAGAGCUUUACAAGAAGACCUUCGUGGACCCGUAUGCCGAGAAGCUGAUGGCCGCACCCGACCUGGAUUUUGCUGUCAUCAUGGAGCCUGACAGUAUGGGAAAUGCGAUCACCAACAUGAAUGUCCCAUUCUGUGCAAGCGCUGCUCCUAUCUAUGAGGAAGGGCUCGCGUAUGCAAUCUCGAAACUGCAGGCCAGCCACGUCCAUCUCUACGUCGAUGCGGCGAAUGGUGGGUGGCUCGGCUGGCCAGAUUCGCUCCCAAAGGCCACAGUCGCCGCGCAAUUUGCGAAAGUCCUGGAUCUCGCUAACCAGAACUCCACCAAGGAGGUAAAAAUUCGCGGAUUCUCAACCAAUGUGUCGAACUUCAAUCCAUACAUCGCGACUACCCGUCCAAGCUACACCGAAUUCUCAACCUCAUAUGACGAGCUCAACUACGCCAAGUCCCUUGCUCCAUACCUCACCAGCGCCUCUCUUCCCACUAAAUUCAUCAUCGACCAAGGCCGUUCUGGACUCCAAGGUACGAGAACUUCAUGGGGCGACUGGUGCAAUGCCAAAGCUGGGUUUGGCAUUAGACCUACCACAGAUACCAACAGCACUUUGGUUGACAGUAUCGUCUGGGCCAAGCCUGGGGGCGAAAGUGAUGGCGCUUGUGGCCCAGCCCUGGACGGGCAGACGGGACCGGCUGCGGGGAUGUGGUGGAACGAAUAUACGAUGGAUCUGGUGAAGAAUGCGAACCCUCCUUUGACGCCCACCUACCCGAGCUGCCACGCUUCUCGCAAGUGA